UUUGGGAACCUCGUCUGUUGUUCUCUGGCGGGAUUGUUGGAUUCAUUGUGAAUUCGGCAUAGGCCUGAUGGGAGGCCUAAACAUCAUGACAAAUAUCACUGUAGUGCUCCGUUCCUUUUGGCCUUUAAAUGCCAUGCCAUUUAUCAAGUUGAGCUAAACAGAAGAUCACCCGUUGACAUUUCCAGGCUAAAUAUAUGCAACAUGGAGGACAAGCAUAACAAAGACGCAAACAAGGCCGUGCCCUUAAUGUCCUUGAACGACACCAAAGCCGGGAUGGAAGGUUUGGAUAAGACCAAGAUCGAUGCCAUCAUUCAAACCCACUCCCAAGGGUCUAAAUUCUACGCAGCCAAGCUCAAAAGCCAGACUCGCAUCACGGAACAGGUCCAGAAGAUCCAAGGGUCUUAUGGAGGUCUCAGUGCCUCCGCUAUUCAACAGGCUGAGACCCAAGCUGACCAAUUGGUAGCCGAGCUCCGCCAGGGUCGAGAUUUAUCACGCACCAUUGUUCACGUGGACAUGGAUGCAUUUUAUGCGGCGGUAGAAAUGCGCGACCAACCGGCCUUGAAGACCAAGCCCAUGGCGGUUGGGUCGCUAGGCAUGUUAUCCACCUCGAAUUAUGAGGCCCGGAAAUUCGGGGUACGGGCAGGUAUGCCUGGGUUCAUCGGUCUAAAGCUCUGUCCAAAGCUGACCUUGGUCCCUUUGAACUUUGAAAAGUACCACGAGGUCAGCCGUCAAGUACGAGCCGUGUUCCGGGAGUACGAUGCCAAUUUUUGCCCCAUGUCUUUAGACGAGGCCUACUUGGAUUUGACGGAGCAUUUAGAGGAACUGAGGCAACGCGGGUUGGAUCCAGAUCCCCGGCCAGUGGUGCAGGAAAUACGGGCAAAAAUCGAGGCCCAGACCACGUUAACGGCCAGUGCUGGCAUUGCCCCCAACACCAUGUUGGCCAAGGUUUGUUCGGAUCAAAAUAAACCCAAUGGUCAGUUUUAUUUGCCACCGGAUGUGGAGGAAAUCAUGGCCUUUGUGAAUCCAUUGCCCAUUCGAAAAGUGAGCGGGAUCGGCAACGUCACGGAGCAAUUGUUGAAGGCCGUGCAUGUGAGCACAUGUCAGGAUUUGUACGAGAAACGAGGCGUUCUCAAACUCCUCUUCAGUGACAUCAGCUACCACUCCUUCAUUCGGAUCUCCCUUGGGAUCGGAUCCACUCGAUUGUCGGACUGGAACGAGCGAGAACGCAAGUCCUUGAGCACGGAAACCACCUUCCGAGACACGAGUGACGUGUCCGAACUCCAAGAAAUAUGCACCUCUCUGUGUCAGGAUCUGGCUCAAGAGCUUACUCAGCACGGUCUUCAAGGCCGUUCAGUGACCCUGAAAGUCAAGACGCACGACUUCCAAGUGCGAACCAAGGUCAAGCACUUGCUGGAAGCCACGGCUGAGGCGGAUAAAAUCGAAGUUGUUGCCAAGAGCUUGCUCAAGUUCUUUAUGGACAACACCCAGGCCAAGCCGUUGAAAUUGCGGCUCAUGGGGGUGCGGAUGAGUGGGUGGGAGAGCGACAAAUCUGCCGGUGCUGGACAGACCUCCAUUGCCGCAUACAUGGGCAAGAAACGAAAGGACACAACGAGCGUGUUUGACUGUCCCAGUUGCGGCCAGAAAAUUCAGGCCCAGAGUCAAAAUCAAUUUAAUCGUCAUCUUGAUUCAUGUCUCUUGGGCGGGGAAAGUCAGGGCUCAACCGAGGCGUCGCCCAAGCCCGGCAAAAAGGCCAAACUCGAUGACGAAAGGUGUAUUUCCACCCAAAACGAUGGACUUGUUCCCUCUAACGCCCAAGAAGCAAUGACCCAUUCUUCUUCCGGUCCAGCAAAUGUGGCGUGUCCCAUUUGCCGCGAGAAAUUGCCCAAUUUGGACCCGGCAGUCAACGCCCACAUCGACGAGUGUUUAAAUCGUCAAGAAAUCGCUCAGAUAUCCGGGAACAAACGCCCACUAGACGGCGAAUCGUCCUCCCACAAACGGAAGCGAUCCAAGGCCAUUGACCAAUACUUUAACAAACCUUCUUGAAACGACCUAAUUAACCAACCAACUCCUUCUGUCAACCAUUAGCCAAUCCCAACAACCUCUUCGGCCUUUUUCUGUUCCACAACAGCUGAAUCGAGCCUUCACCAAGGUGAGCGAUUGAGCCUUGGGCCAGCACGUGAGAAAAUGAGAAAAGUAGAUCUCGACCCUCUUCUAGAAGCUUUUUAGAUAGAGAUAGAAGAUGGAAGAAGGGGCCUGUUCUUCCCUCUGAAACCUGUUUCAUUGGACAUGUGAAACAGUUGGUGUCCUAUCAGCUGUUGAGUGGAGGAACUGAGGAAGACGUUCGCACCAAACAUUUAA